AGAGAGUCCCGAGGAGAUGGCGACAGUGAAGCCUGAGAAGGGCGAAGGAGAUGCCAGCAGUAACAGCAGCACAGGCGGUGGGGAGAGCCAGGAAUCGCAGCCUUCCCCGCUGGCUCUGCUGGCAGCUACCUGCAGCCGGAUCGAGUCUCCCAACGAGAACUCCAACAGCUCCCAGGGCCAGCAAGGUGGGAGCGGCGAGCUGGACCUGACAGCCGCCACCACUCAGAUCGCCCAGUCAGCCAACGGCUGGCAGAUCAUUUCCGCUGGCUCCAGCACGCCCACGGCCUCCAAGGAGCAGGGCAGCAACGGCAGCAACGGCGGAGACGCCUCCAAAAGCCGGCCCGUGAGCGCGGGGCAGUACGUGGUCACGACUGCUUCCAACCUCCAGAACCAGCAGGUGCUCACGGGCUUGCCGGGCGUUAUCCCAAAUAUCCAGUACCAGGUCAUUCCCCAAUUCCAAACCAUCGAUGGGCAGCAGCUCCAGUUUGCCACCACCCCUGCCCAAGUCAACGUGCAGCAGGAUGCCUCUGGUCAGCUCCAGAUCAUCCCCGGCACGAACCAGCAGAUCAUCACGAGCCGAGCGGGGACGAGUAACCUCAUCGCCAUGCCAAACCUGCUGCAGCAGGCCGUCCCCAUCCAGGGCGUGGGCUUAGCCAACAACGCCCUCUCAGGGCAAACCCAGUACGUGGCCAACGUCCCCGUGGCUCUGAACGGCAACAUCACCUUGCUGCCCGUCAACAGCGUGGCCGCCAGCCUGGCUCCCACCUCUCAGACGGUCACGUUGAGCAGCUCCGGCUCUCCGGACAGCAGCUCCCAGCCGGCCACCUCGGGUGCUGCCAUCAGUUCCACCAACACGGCCACGUCUCACGCUAGUUCCGGCGCCUUUUUUACCAACGCCAACAGCUAUUCCACCACCACCACCACCAGUAAUAUGGGCAUCAUGAAUUUUUCCACCAGCGCAACGGUGGGAACCAACGUCCAGGCGCAGACACCCCAGAGGGUCAGCAGCGUCCAGAGCUCGGACUCUCUGCAGAGCCAAGUUUCUGGGGUGGCUUUGCAGCCGGGGCAGCAGAAAGAGGGGGAUCAGAGUCAGCAAUCGCAGCAGCAGCAGAUCCUGAUCCAGCCUCAGCUAGUCCAAGGAGGGCAGACAAUCCAAGCCCUCCAGACCACCCCGCUCUCUGGGCAGACCUUUGCCACUCAAGCCAUCUCCCAAGACGCCUUGCAGAACCUGCAGCUCCAAGCUGUCCCCAACUCCGGGCCCAUCAUCAUCCGAACGCCCACGGUGGGUCCCAACGGGCAGGUGAGCUGGCAGACCAUCCAGCUCCAAAACCUUCAGGUUCAGAACCCCCAGGCCCAGACAAUCACCUUGGCCCCCAUGCAGGGAGUGUCGCUGGGGCAGACGGGCAGCACCAGCACCACGCUCACCCCCAUCGCCUCCCUCCCCAGCGGCACUGUCACGGUCAACGCUGCCCAGCUCUCCUCCAUGCCAGGCCUCCAGACUAUUAACCUCAGUGCCUUGGGAGCGUCUGGGAUCCAGGUGCAUCAGCUUCAAGGGCUGCCGCUGGCCAUAGCAAACACUGCCGGCGACCACGGUGCUCAGCUGGGUCUUCACAGCACGAGCGGAGACGGGUUGGGAGAUGAGAACGCGGCUGUGGAGGAAGGAGAGACCAGCCCGGAUCCACAGCCCCAGCAGGGACGGAAAGUGCGGAGAGAAGCAUGUACCUGCCCCUACUGCAAGGACAGCGAGGGAAGGAGCUCUGGGGAUCCAGGUAAAAAAAAGCAACACAUCUGCCACAUGCCGGGCUGCGGGAAGGUGUACGGCAAAACCUCUCACCUCCGGGCUCACCUGCGGUGGCACACCGGGGAGCGACCCUUCGUCUGCACCUGGAUCCUCUGCGGGAAGCGUUUCACCCGGAGCGACGAGCUGCAGCGACACAAGCGCACGCACACAGGGGAGAAGAAAUUCGCCUGCCCGGAGUGCCCCAAACGCUUCAUGCGGAGCGACCACCUCUCCAAGCACAUCAAGACCCAUCAGAACAAGAAGGGAGGCACGGCCAACAACGUGGCCAUGAACGUCUCCGCCGUCCCCAUGGACACGGGGGCCUCGGCGGAGGGUAACGGCGGGGCCACCCCCUCGGCCCUCAUCGCCACCAACAUGGUGGCCAUGGAAGCCAUCUGCCCCGAGGGCAUCGCCCGCCUGGCCAGCAGCGGCAUCAACGUGAUGCAGGUGGCCGACCUCCAGUCCAUCAACAUCAGCGGCAACGGGUUCUGA